AUGAGUGGUAUCAAAACACAAACUGUUCAGAUUGUUUCAAAGCUGAGAAAUGGUUAUUAAUAAGAAAACAAUUUAUAGGAAGCUAAUAAGAUUACAAAAAAUGUAAUUGAGCAUUAUGACGCAAGAGAUUUAAGAUUGCAGGAUUUACAGGAUUGCUAAAAAGUUUACAAAGUGAUUAAAAAAGAGACAACUACAAAGUGGAUUUUAUUAUCAAAAUUGGAUGAAUGCAGAGCAUAAAUAAAAUUAGAAUUAUAAUAUUUAAAAACAUUAGUGAUUUAUGUACAGAACAAUAGACAUGGAAUGAAUAAAUAGCAAUAACUAGAAUUGAAUCAAUUAUAGAUACUCCUAAAUAUCUUUGAGACAUAUGUAGACUAGGUCGAAAACAAUACGUAUGACAAGAAAGAAAAACUCAAACGCCUUAAAUCUUCAGAGUUUGAUGACAAAUAAAAAACCAUCAAUGAAUGGAAAAAAUAGAUUAAUAAAAAUGAUAUCCUCUUAGAUAAAAUGUAACCAUCCAUCUCAGAAUGGAAAUAGAUCCCAUUAAAGCUUUUAGACGAAGUUCUAACUGCAUCCUAUGAUCUGAAACUCAAAUUAUUACAAGAGCCAGACAGUAUCAGUUCUGACAGAACUUUGAAAUACUAAAAUUUGAUACAGGAUCUUAGAAAGAAGUUGAAUCUUGAUUAAUACAAGAGAAGUAGAAAUCAAUUUGAUGAAUUCCAAUAAAUGUAAUCCAUUAUUUAUUAACUAUGUUAGAAUUGACAAUUUCAAUUAUCACAUACCAAAAUUAUAAGAAAUGAAUCAAUUAAAUUUGGCUUAAUUGAAGGAAAUGAAAAGAAAACUUAAAAACAAAUCUAAAUCCAAUAUUAGCCAAAUGAACUCUACCAAAUCCUCUCCUAGAAAGGAGGAAUCUACACUACAACAAAGUGAAGUCGAUAACUAUUUAUAACAAUACUAGAAGUAAAUCUAUUAUUUGAAUUUUUUAGAGAAAAACAAAGAAUAAGUAGAAUCGACAAAGCACAAUAUAAAUAGAACAUCAAGGAAUCUUAAAGGGAAGUUUUCAUAGCCAGAAACAAUUAAGGCUCUAUUCAAAAAUUACAACAGAGUUAUGAUAUCAAUAAAUUGAAUACAAGUAAGGGACAUAGAGAAUACAUAAUAUCAAUGAUUGAUGGAUAAUUAUUGAAACCCUACACUCCAUUAGUUAGAUUAAGACAAGAAGAUUCCAGAGAAACAUGUCAAAAUUCUCAUAUCAAUGAAACCUAAUCCAGAAAAUUGAGUCUUAGAAAUGCUUCUCCUUAAUCCUUUGUGGAUAGAAUAUCAUAAAAGAUUAAUGAUGUUACCACUUGCGAAGAGGAUGAAAUCUAUUCAAAAAUGGAAUUCCCUGAACUUCAUUUGUCAAGAUAAUAAGGUUAUACAAGCAAAUAAAACCAUAAAGUUGUAAAACAAUAAUACAAUCAAAAAUUUAUUUAGAAAGUCAAUAACAAUGAAGUUAAACUAGUGAAACAAUGCUAAGGUAUGUGUUCCAUUUAUAUCUAGAUUUCUAUACCACUAGAAUGAAAUUCAAUGAUAAAUUCACCUAAUUGGUUUCAACCUUACAUAAGGAUCGCCCUUUAACUUCCAGCAUAAGAUCAAGGUCUUUUACAUCAAAUUAGAAUUAGAGAUAAGAGAAAAUCUAAAAAUUGAGAAAGGUUGCUGAAAAGGCACGACAGAAUUUCUUUUCGCGAAAUAAGGAGUAAAGAGAAUGGCAUUAAAAUUUGGUUCAAGAAUUUAAAUUGUCUGAUCCAACUACUUAAUAUAUUCUGGAACAAUUGUAAUACAUUCUUGAAGGUAUUUUUGAAUAAAAUAAUUAGAAGGAUUAUUCAUACAAGUUGAUGACAUUAUAAACAUGGUACAACAAAUUGAAGAAUCAUCUGAAAUGAAAGUGACUUCAAAAAGUUGUCAACUUCUUAAUACAAUUUUUAACUACUUUGGAAUAUAGAUUUCUGAAUUAAAUUAACAUAAGAAAUUUAAGAAUUUCCAUUCUUACAUUGAUUGA